AUGUCUUUGGACGGUGGUGUCGGUGGUGUCGUUCGAAAACAAACUGCUUCUUCCUUUAAAGAUGGGUAUUAUCAUCGAAAACGCGUUCAAAAGAGAAAUGAUGGGAAACGAGAACAACAGAGACACUUUUCACGUAACAGCAACAGACGAAUGAUGCGAAUGAUGACGACGAGGAGUUCGUUGAAACGUGAUGAAGAUGCGGCUAAAAUCACGACCGAAACAAAGACAACAACCAGAGAAGAACGAGGAGAAGAGACGAAAAGGUCUAGAAGACGAAAGGCGUACGUGGACGGCGCGAACGUCUGUUGGGCGUAUUGCGCGGCGUUGAGAGCCUCGAACAACGCGUUGGCGAAGAUUCCAAUCUCUACCGCCUUGACCGUGGUGUGUCGCUAUUUUCAGGAGGUGGAAGAGUUCGAAGAGGUGGUCGUGUUCGCGCCGAAAAAUUACGCGAGAGGGAAGUUAAACGGCCUGUGCGACGGAGGGAGUUUACGUUUGUUACAUCCAGAGAAAGUUCAAUACGUGGGCGAGAACGAAUGGGAAAACGUGUAUUUGCGACAGAUGGUCGACGACGGCGUGUUGAAGUUGAUCGAUCGACAGAACGACGUGCGAGGGAGGAGCGCGGACGAUUUAGCGAUUUUGGACGAGGCGUUUGAACAUUCAAUCAACGAGCGACACAACACCGUCGUCGUCGUGUCGAACGAUAAGUACGAAGGACACUGUCCUUCGAGCGCGAGCGGCGAUAAGAAAGCUUUUAGAGAUUGGUUGAAAAGAACGAGGAAAGGGUACGAGUUUGACAUUGCGAAAUUCGACGUCGCGACGGUGGAGAAAGAAAAAUGGCCGAAAGUUGGCGCGAUGAAUGGAAAUUUACAAUGCCCGGAUGGCUUCGAUGAGUGGGUUGAAGAUGAGCACGCGUGGGGGAGUUCGCGCCCGUGGUCCAAGGAAACGACCUGGACUGAACGUAAACUUUUUUCGAGGAAGAAGAAGAAACGACGAAGAGGUGGUGUGGGAGGGUCUAGAGUCGCAGCUGAGCCGCCCGGGCUUCAGAGUAAGAACGAAGACGGGGAAGUGUUUCCCCACCACGUUUUGCCACUCGGCUCUUUGAACGUGACUUUCACCUUGAAACAAUAG